UGAGGUAGUGACGGAGCCAAUACUCCACAAGAUGUACAACAACCUAAGAAGACAACCGGUCGCUGGUGAUAUAUAUCAAGACAUGUUACAGAAUGUUCUGCACCAACUUAUACGUGUUUGGAAUUGCAUUAUUCAGUUCAUCAUGAAUUUUUUCCAACCAAGCCCUCUGAACUCUCUUCCCUUGUUGGAAAAGGACUGGCGCCCAAUCAAUUGGGGGAUAAGGAGUGACUUGAAAGAGGAGAUGAGGAACUUUGAACUCAGCAAUCCAGAUGUGGAGCAUCUCCGCAUCCUGGUUCACGGUCCGGUGGGAGCUGGGAAGUCCAGCUUCAUCAACUCCGUAGACAGCAUCUUCCAGGAGCGCAUGACCAGCGCCGCCCUGGCAGAGACCACCAGCGACUGCAGCUUCACCAGGACUUUCAGAACCCAUAAAAUUAAGGACGGCCAUUACGGAACCUGCCUGCCGUUCGUCCUUUGUGACGUCAUGGGCCUUGAGAGAGGGGAGUCACAGGGGGCCCACCCCGAUGACCUUGUCCAAGCUUUACAAGGACAUAUCAAAGAUGGCCACCGGUUUAAACCUGCAGUCUCGCUGUGUGAGGACGACCCCCACUACAACAGCACACCCAGUUUGAGUGAUAAGGUUCACUGUCUGGUCAGCGUCAUCCCAGCCAGCAAGAUCUCCCUAAUGGACGACACCAUCAUCCAGAAGAUCAAAGCUGUGAGAAGGAAGGCCAGUGAGAUGGGUGUCCCUCAGGUGGUUGUCAUGACGCAGGUGGAUGAGACGUGUUCUAACGUCAGAGAGGACCUAGGGUGCAUCUAUGGGAGCAGGAAGAUUAAAGAAAAGAUGCUGGAGUGCAGUAACAGAGUGGGGGUGCCAAUGAACCUCAUCUUCCCCGUCAAGAACUACCAUGAAGAGGAGGAGCUUAACGACAUGAUUGACACCUUGUUGCUACGGGCGCUGAAGCAGAUAGUUUGCCUUGGCAACGACUAUAUCUACGAUCUCCACCACUCACCGAGAGAGAACCAGCUGGAUGGGGAGUGGAGACGAAUAAGCUGGGAACCAGCGCUGUGUGUGGAAGAGCUGAGGGGUCUGUGUGUGGGCAACUCUAAGGUGAAGAGGCUCCGCCUCUUCCUCUGCGGCCCAAUGGGAGGAGGGAAGUCCAGCUACAUCAACUCCGUCAGCACCGCCCUCCUGGGAAAGGUCACAACACCCGCGCCAACAGCACACUCUGCUACAGGAUUCACCAUCAGAAAUAAAAACUACACAUUUAAGGACGGCGCAUCUGGACUGUUUCCUUUUGCCGUUGCUGAUGUCAUGGGACUGGAGGGCGGAGCCAAAGCUGGGGCACAUGUUGAUGACAUCACCAAUGCCUUGAAGGGGAGAAUUAAGGCCGGUUACAAGUUUAAUCCUGUGUCUCCCCUGUUUGACGAGGGGGCCUACUAUCACAGCAAGCCUAGUCUGAGUGAUCAGGCUCACUGUCUGGUCAUGGUGGUCUCAGCUGACGCCAUCUCCAACAUGGACGACAGCGUCAUCACUAAGAUGAAGACAGUGAGAGAGAGAGCGCGGGAUAUACCCCAAGCUGUUGUCAUGACGAUGGUUGACAAAGCCAGCUCACUGGUGAGAGAGGACCUGAGAGAGUUGUACACCAGCAAGACCAUCAAAGAUAAGAUGGAGGAGUGCAGUGAAAAGCUGGGUGUCUCCUUGAGCAGCAUCUUCCCAGUGAAGAACUACCAAGACGAGACUCAGCUGGACGAUAAGAUGGACGCCCUCAUCCUGUCCUCCGUCACACACAUCAUCAACAUGGCCAACGACUACGUCACCAGCAUGGAAGAAUGAGAGUCAAGUGUGUGUGCGUGUGUGUGUGUGUGUGUGUGUGUGUGUGUGUGUGAGGAAGCCAGGCAGUUGUUGGUUUGUGACAUUAGUUUGUGGUGUGGCAGUUAGCAUAACAAGCUAUAACAUAGCUCUUCAAUCCAACGCAGGUCACCAUGGUGACAACUGAGGGAGUUGAAGGGACUGAUAAGUGAUGUCAUGGUUGUCAUGGUUGCUGUAUUUCUGUUGGACAGGUAGAUAUCUGGUUUGUUUUUGGGGAAUUUGUUAUUUUCAGGGAUGCAAACAGCGCGCUUUUCGGCGCCUCCCGCUUUUUUCACGUCAGUUUGGGUGACUUGUGUGAAUCGUGCAGAUCCAAAGAGGUUUUUUUUAAGGG